AUGGGUGUUGAUUCAAAACCAGAGAUAGCAGACUACUGGUCCACCUACCAAGCUAUAAGAAAUGACUACAUUGCCAAUGUUAUGAGCCGCAACAGGUACCAAAAACUGAUGCAGUAUUUUCACUGUAACAACCCAGAAACUGACCCAAUGAAUAUAGUCAAUGAUGAAGAACGCAGAGAAAGGAGAAAAGAAGCGCCUCUGUAUAAAGUACAGCCAGUACUGGAUGCUGUCUUCACCAAUUCCCGGGAAUGUUACAACAUGCAUCGCCAGGUUAGCAUAGAUGAAUCUAUUGUUGGCUACAAGGGUCGUUAUGGAGGAGUACCUACAGUUUUUAUCCAGGGAAAACCCCAUGCUAAGGGAUUCAAAAUAUAUGCCUUGGCUGAUAGCAAAUCAGGCUACAACUACAGGAUUGAGAUCAUGUCAAUUACUGGUAGUCAUGAGAAGUAUAGAAGGGAUGUGUCCAGAACAAGAGAUCUGUGUGAAAGGCUUAUCGUUGACAUUAGGGGAUGCCAUCAUGUCCUGUACACUGACAGUUAUUAUACCAGUGUAGACAUG